AUGAUGGGAGUGGUGGCUCCCACGUGGAGCACCGACCACCCUCCAGGCUCCUCCUGCGUCCACGGGUACGACUCGCUGACGGGGGUGCCGUCCCACCAGCGCGCUCUGGCCUUCGAGAAGGGCAGCGUCCUCUUCAACCUGGGCGCCCUGCUCACCCAGAUCGGGGCGCGCCAGGCCCGCGCCGCCCUGCCCGGCCUCAACCAGGCCAUCGACGCCUUCCAGAGGGCAGCGGGUGCCUUUAACUACUUGAAGGAGAACUUCUCCAACGCUCCCAGCCUGGAUAUGAGCGCCCCUUCCUUGGACAUGCUGGUGAGGCUGAUGGUGGCCCAGGUGCAGGAGUGUGUCUUUGAGAAGAUGACCUUGCUCCGUGCCCAGAACGACUUCCUGGCCCGGCUGCAGCUGGCUCAGGAGGCAGCAAAGGUGGAGGAUGUCUACUCGCUGGUGCACCAGACCAUGACCCAGCCCCACGUGAAGGACUACGUUCCCUUCUCCUGGACCACCAUGGUGCACGUCAAGUCGGAGCAUUUCAAAGCCCUCUCCCACUACUUCGCUGCCAUCGCCCUCUGCGACUGCCCCGUGGCCUCGGAAUCUGAGCUUCCAGAGCAGGAGAAGGCCUUCAUGCAGUUCCACCUCACCAUGCCGGAGGGGCCAUCGCUCCGUGUCCUGCUGCAGGAUCCCGAGGCAAGGAGAAGGCUCGGCAAAGCCCACCUGAAAAAAGCCAUCAUGAAGCACGAGGAGGCCAUGAGGAUCCACGGGCUGUGCAAGAUCCUCAGGAAGAUGGACAUCCUGCAGGAGGUCCUGUCCUUCGCCCACAAGCGCUCCCUGAGCAAGUACUCGGAGAUCGACCACGAGGAGGAUUUCUUCGAGACGGGGGAUGCCCCAGACAUCCACCCCAAAACCCACCAGAAGCCUGAGAUCAAACCCCCCAACUUCUCCCAGGUGAAGGUGACCGACCUCUUCCACAGGCUGGGACCCCUGUCGGUCUUCUCUGCCAAAAACAAGUGGUAUCCAGCCAGGAGAGUCCACCUGAUGAGGGGAGAGAAUGGAUUUGGGUUCACUCUGAGGGGAGACUCGCCCGUCCUCAUCGCCGGCGUCAUCCCGGGGGGCUGCGCUGCCGCAGCCGGGCUGAAGGAGGGCGAUUACAUCGUCUCGGUGAGCGGCCGGGACUGCCGGUGGGCCAAGCACGCCGAGGUCGUGCAGCUCCUCAAGAGCUGCGGCGCCGACGGCAUCGACGUCGCCGUCAUCACCCUGCACGGCUCCGAGGCGCCCCGCGCCGUGGACAAGAAGGCAGCAGGGAUGUCCUCGGGGAUGCUGAAGAGCAACAAGGAGAACAGCAGGAAGAGCCUGAUGAACAGCAAGAGCCCCAGCACGCUGCUGGUGUGGAGCAAGAAGAGCAAGCGCAGCAAGAAGAGCACCUACAGCGGCGUCCCCUUCACCGCCGUGGGGGACAACGAGGCCAUGUACUGAGGGGGGAGGUCACCAGGCUCUCUUGUGUCCCACCAGCUCCAGGACUGGCUGUCUGGGAAGCCUGGGAAGCACUUGGUGGCCUGGCUGGGCUGUGAUGAUGUGGGUGCUGCCAGGACCACCCCCA